AUGUUCAGAGAUAGAACUAAUUUAUUUUUAUCGUACCGUAGGACUUUCCCACAUAAUAUAACCAUUUCAUCUGGGAAAGGACCCUUGAGCGAUGACCGAGAUAUCGAAAUGGGUACGUACCCGAUGACUGAUAUGUCGCACGAUAUAUCCRCCAGGUUAAUGGAUGAACAGGAUAGUAAGCGUGGAAGUAGUGGUGAUGCUUUACCACCCAUAUUCAUUGAUAUAGCGCAGGACGUCGACGAUUAUCUUCUUGAAGUGAGACGGUUGAGUGAACAACUUGCGAAGGUUUACAGAAAGAACUCGUUACCAGGGUUUGAAGAUAAAAGUCAUGAUGAGGCGCUGAUUGAAGAUCUAAGCUUCAAGGUUAUUCAGAUGUUACAGAAGUGCUAUGGGGUUAUGAAGCGGUUGAAGACAAUUUUCAGCUCUCAGUUUGUAGAUGGGAAGCAAUUGAGUCGAGAAGAACUGAUCAUACUAGAUAAUCUACAGAAGACUUAUGCAGAGAAGAUACAAACUGAAAGUAACAAGUUUAGAGUAUUACAGAACAAUUAUCUGAAGUUUUUGAAUAAAGAUGAUUUGAAACCCAUUCGUAACAAUAAACUCAAUACAGAAGACACUCUGUUGUUGGACGACGAGGAGGAGGCAACAAGAGAAAAGCGGGAGGGUCUUGAUAUUGAGGAUUAUUCGAAAAGGACGUUACAAAGGCAACAGCAACUGCAUGACACUUCCGCAGAGGCGUAUUUGAGAGAACGUGACGAAGAGAUUACUCAAUUGGCAAGGGGUGUAUUGGAAGUAAGCACGAUUUUUAGGGAAAUGCAAGAUUUGGUUAUUGAUCAAGGAACCAUUGUAGAUAGAAUYGAUUACAAUCUAGAGAACACAGUCGUGGAAUUAAAAAGUGCGGAUAAAGAACUGAAUAAAGCUACACAUCACCAAAAAAGAACACAGAAAUGUAAAGUUAUCCUACUGUUAACAUUAUGCGUGAUUACGUUGUUUUUCUUCGUUAUGUUGAAACCACAUAGUAGCGGUGGUGGUGGUAGUGGUAGUCAUGGUAACAAUAAUAGUAAUAAUAACAACAGUAACGAUAAUAAUAAUAAUAAUAAUAAUAAUAACAAUAAUAAUAAUAACGGAGGUAGUGGUGGUAAUAGUAAUAGCAGUGAGGAAAACAAGGAAUUGCCAAGCACAAUUGAGGUGACAGAGCCGGAUAACAGGGCCCCAAAUCAUAUUCUUUGA